GUGCGGCCGGGCGCGGGGACCCGCGGGCGUGCGGGGCCGCUCCGCCCUGGGAAGCGGCUGCCCACCUCCUCCCGCUGAUUGCGUCGGCGGCGUCGGCGCUCGCGCAGGGGCGGGUCACGGCUCGGCGAGGCGCUGCGGGGCGGGAAGGAAGUCGUGGCGGCGGCGGCGGCGGCGGCGGGAGCAGCAGCAGCGGGAGCGGGAGCCGCGGCGCUGUCAGUUAGGCCGUCGGAGAAAUGGGCGAGCCUGGGUCGGAGGUGAUGGAAUCCGCCCCUGCGGCCGGGCCGGGGACCUCGGCGACGCCGACGACGGAGGACGCCGAAGAUGACAUCCAGUUUGUGAGUGAAGGACCCCUAAGACCUGUUCUUGAAUACAUUGAUCUGGUUAGCAGUGAUGAUGAAGAACCUAGCACCUCUCAUAGUGAUAGAAUGCCUGAGUCUAAGGUGCCAACCUCUGAGAAUCAUCGUCCAGAAAUGUGCUCUAUCUGCAGUGUUCCUCUUCCCAUUGGAGUCAGCAGCUCCUCCUCUGGGAGCUGUACCGCCAGUCCACAAAGAAUAGUUUCUCAACCUCCUUCUGUUGAGAACCCAUUGGAGAACCAGGAAAAUGAUCAGAAUAAUUCAGAUAAUAAGAUCUCUGAGACAGAGACCCUUAAGCCAUCAGAGAAUUUUCAGACUCUUCCUUCGUCACCAGUUCUGGUCCCCCAAGAAUCUUUGGCCUCCUCAGAGGUCAAGGAGAAUUUACCUAAAGAUUCUUCUUCAGCUUCUCAUCACGGACAGGAUGCCAUCCUCUAUCUCCAGACACAAGUGGCUGAGAUGUCCAGAGUGAUACGUGACCUGCAGUCCAGGAGCUGUUUUAGAUUUCAUCAUUCUAGGCCAAGUGAGAACUCAUCAGUUCCUUGGGACAUCUCCACCUCCAAAGAAGAGAAUUUAUCUACAGUUGAAGAAGAAGCUGACUGUAAAUCCCCAUCAGCUGAUGACAAAGGGCAUCCGGCUGACCCCAGUCAGUCCAGCUUCACAGGUCUCUUGAAGAGAAUGGAACAGAGAGGUGUUAUAAAGAGAGUAACAUUACAGUCUGAAGCAGAAGCAUGUGACGGGAAACCUGAUUAUGUGACUUCUAAGAAGCGACUGGUUCCUCCGUUACAUCCUCUUCUGAGGAUCGCGACCACUGAGGUUUUUAAAGACCCAGCCGAUUGCCAUCCUUCUUCCUUCAUGGGGCACAGGGUAUACCCUGUGGCCAAGGACACGUCUCCUUUCCAGCCAAAUCCACCAGCUGAGGGCCCUAUUGUAGAAGCCUUAGAGCACAGCAAGAGGGGAAGCACGUCUCUUCUCGACUCCACGUCAAAAGAAAUGGAGGUCAUGGGUUGUCGAUUUUACCAUGCUGCUUCCAUUGCAGCCCGAGCUGCUAGCUACAUGGCCUAUAUGACUCAGUACCAGCGUAAACUCUGGGAAGACAUGGAGGAUCUGGUCCAUGACCCGGAGUUUGACCGUGGAAAAGCAAGAUGUAUCAUCUCUGAUGGGAUGGAUGCGGGUCUUUGGCAGUUGUGUACUACGAGAGAUAUCAUGGAUUCUGUUGUCAGAGUUAUGGCAAUGUCAAUAGACUACAGAAGGCAAGCCUGGCUCCGACUUACAUCUCUCACCAAGAAAACCCAAGAAAAGAUCUCACACUUGCCUUUUGAUGGUACGUCCCUCUUUGGACAGGAUGUGAAUGCUAUAGUAGCAGAAGAAAACAGUAUCAAAGAAAAUGACUAUAAAGACCACAAUAAGUACUAUAACCAACACCGAUACUUUUACAGUCAUGAUCAGAAAGCACAUUAUCACAAUAGAGGAUACUCCAAAGGUGAUUGGUACAAACCUCGGAACCACCCUUAUAGGUACAGAAAAAAGGGUGAAUCACCAGAACGCCAUGGAUACAAAAAUUAAUAACUUGUCAUAUUCAGCAGCAUAACCCUCGAAGAGCUUAAUUAUUUUACUUGCUCUUCUCCACUCAAACAUGAUCUUUACAGGUAGGACUCAAACAAGAACUCAGAACCUAAAUAUAUGUCUGGAAUUACAACAUACAUUUGAAUUUGUAGACUUUUGCAAAGAAGUGUUUCAUAGACUCAUAUUCUGUUGGCCAAAUGAACAGUAAGUGUUGGAAAAGGUUUAUCCAUUAUUUCUGGUCCAAAGUAAAUCUAGAGGAAGACACUCAAAAAUCAAAACCCUUGUGGUCAAAAAUAAGAAGGAUUUGUUCUUUAGGAAAAUCAUCCUGGUAAACUGAGGACUAAGAGAUUUUGGAUCUGGAAAGAGCCCAUCACUAGAUUUGUUUACUAACAUGAGAAGCAAAUCCAUAUUUGAGUCAUCGGUAAUUUCCUUUUUUAGGUUUCAUCUUGUCAUAUCCUUGCAGAAUGACAAGCCUGUGAACAAUUUAUUUGUGUCAGGAAGAUCAAAUUCCAAGAUCUCCUUACUUCUCUAAAACUCCAUGAAACAUCAGAAUCAGCCAUGAAGCUUUAUGUCAAGGACUGAAAUUCAAAUAAAAUUUUGCUAAAUCCAGCUUGAUUCCAGUGGAAUAACUGUGAGUCAUAGGUCCUCUGUGGACACCAACUGGAAAGACUUUGCCACUUACAACAGUUCUUUAGGAAUUUUCACUAUGACUGUCUUCAUCAAGACCAAUGCUAUCAUCGCCACCACUGAAAGCCGUUUGUGAGAAAAUUCUUUGUUUUUAAAACUUUGACCUCUCAAUCUCUCAGCGUGCUGUAAGAAUCGGUCGUGGUGGUCUUUCAGGAUAGUAUAGACCUUCACCAAGAUGUCCUUCUUAAAUAACCAUACCUUCUAAACAGUUUUGAUCUUGAUAAUUGACACUAAACACAACAAGAUACGCACAUUAGCGUCCUGGGCAUAGAGUGUUGACACCAUCCAGGCAUGCAAAUGUGAUCUCUUAACAGAGCAACAGUUCCAAACAUGCCUGACAAUUUUUAUGAAGAAUGCCAUCAAUCUACGUGUUACUAAGAAGGUCAAGAUUUAGUAUAUAACAAUGUAGUAGAGAAAAUAUCUUUCACAGUUGUAUUUCCUGGGUAUCUUUAAAUGGUAUCCAUUAGCUUCUUGAAAGUUUGAAGUCAGGACUUCAGUGACAUGGUCUUGGUUAAUCUAGUUCUUUAAUCUAGUCAGACUCUUACCAUGAGAGACGACAACUUCUUGCUCACAACUGGUUCCAUUAAUAAUUCUACCACAUUGGAACUGUCAGCAGAUACCUCAAUUCUAUGUUUCAUAGUAUCUUUUUACUCUUAAGGCAGUGGUUGUAUAGUGAACCAGCCCUUAGAUCCUUGUCUUUGAAGCAUGACUUCAGAAAAGGAGAAAAUCAAGUUUGAGGGGCCUGAAUACAUUCUAGUAUUAUUUUCUUGGCAGCCCCCCCCCCCCGAAAAACAAAAGAUGAUUUGUCACUUGUCAAACAUUUGCAUUUUAAAAAUUGGGUUUUAUUAGCUGCUUGAUCAGUAUUUUGGAUCUGUUGCUUAGUGGAAUGUGUUUUCACAGUUCAUGUGGUUCUUUUUCUUGCCAUAGUUUUUGCACAGUGGUGAUGAACAUUUUCCCUGGUGCCAUACUUUUUGUUUAUUGGAUAUUCAUACCCCUUUUUCCUUAUAACUGGAGUUAGCAUCCUUUUUAUCUACUUGUUAUCCCUAUUUGUGUUAUAGAGGUUGAAUACACAAAUUCCCUACAUGGAAGCAAUUACUUUAUAUUGUCAGAUAAUUUCAGAGUACUAUAUUGAUUCUGUUUCUUCUGUUUGUAGAUUAAGCCUAACCUAGUGGUGGUAGAGUAUACCAUGGAAAUUUAUCAUUUUAUUUAUGAUUAGCAUUUGCCUUUAUUUUUGUGCUUUCCACAAAAUUUUAGGUAACCUAAAUUAAGGUUCAUACCGUCCAAUACUCUAGAAACUAUCUUUCAUUUUGAACCCUAAAAAACACUAACUACCUGAAAAGAAGCAGGGGCCUCAGAAAUCAUCCACAGACAUUUUGUAGUGCAUGGUAUGAAUGGAGUAACCAAAACAGUCCUACAUUCCUUUUGUAGUUUCUUCUGUGAAAGGUAACUAGCUCCAGAGCAGUUUGCCAGGGAAAGGGAAGCCUUGGAGCCAUCACUGGCACGCUCACAGGUGUUCCCCAGUAGCUAGGUUACUCCACACUGCUCCCACUUUCAUGGUUUCCCACUUUCCUUCCCCCAGCUAAGGGAAUGGAAACUUGAUUUUUGAGAGACUCUUAUUUUCCAAAAACCAAGCUAAAAUAACAAUUGGUGUUGUGAUUCUCUGAACUGCUUCGGUGUAUUCCAUGUAACAUGCCUCUGUAUUUUUAAUUGUUAAGUAUGGCUAAAAAAAGCAAAAUGAGUGGUCUGAACCAUUUCUAAGUGUACAGUUCAGAAGUGUUAACUAUAUGAUGUGCUGCUCCUCAAAUAUGGUAAGACAGUAUUUAUGUUGCUCAGAAGUAAACAUAAAUAACAUUGCUACUCUUCCUGAUACAUUUAAGCAGCUUAAGAAAAUUGUGGGAAAUCACUGAAUUGGAUAAUCAGUAGUUAAUUUCUAAAGGAAUCUGGCAGUUGAGUAGGGAUGGGAACAAAACACUAGAGUGGGAAUAGUUUUUAGCUAAGACUAGUUUCUUCACUGCAGAAGAAACUAUUCUUUACUAUUAUUAAAAUUAUUUAAAAAUCUUUCUCUGACAUACUUGAAUGAUGGCGGUGUUAACAAAACUAAGAAUGGGGACUUUGGACAAGGGAGACAUACCCCAUACAACAUGAAUUGAUCAGAUGAUGGGUUUUAAAGAGCCUGCCACGCACAGGGCAUGCCACAGAAAUCUCCGUAAGGCCAACCUCUGAUGUAUUAAAUAUGUCUUGAUUUCCAAGAAGGUCUUGGAAUAAUCUGAAGUGUAAUAAUUUGGUAUUCUCAAAAGGGAUACAUUUAAUGAUCCUUUGUCUUCAAGAUAUUAUUUCUUGAUUAGACAUAAAAUGUUUGUGGAGACUAUAUGAUUUCUUAAGAGUUAUUCUGUAUAGAAGACUACUGUUUCCAUUGUUAUAUGAAGUGCCUUUUAAAAUUUCACAUUCUUGUUUAAAACUUAACAUUUUGAUGUCUUGCAUAUGUUAUUGGUGAUAUUUAUGUGAGUUGUGUACAGUGUUUUUUUUUAAUAUUGUAAUUCAUCUGUACAAUUGCACUAUCUAAAUGUACUCUCCUUCUGAAAGUUUCUUUAUAGCACUAUUGCUCCAUUUCAGAAGGGUGUAGAGUAUUCCCCUCCCCCUUUAUUUAAAUAGUCCUUUAAUUAUUAGCGAAUAGCUCAGUUUUCUGGGCUAAUGGAAACUUUGUUUUCUAUCUGUAUGUUUUAGAUUUUCUGCCUGAGUCAUUAACCUCAUACUUAACCUUGUUUUUUAGCAAUGGUCCUACAACUUAGAGUUGAUAAGUGAAUACGUUUGCUUGGUAAGAAAAAACAAGGACAUUUAGACAAAACAGUAAAUUUGAUGACACUUUAUCGUUUUCAAACUGUGUGACAGUUUAUUGGUGUAUUUGCAUUGUUUUUGUUUACUGUGUGACAGCUUCUUGAUCAUUAUAAUUCCACUUACUUACACUUAUUUCUCAAAAUGGUAGUUUGAGGAGAGCAUCAACUCUUUCAGGCUACUUGGGUACCUAUCUUCAGUGCUUUAGUACUAUACUAAUGAUUUACUGAAUAAUAACUUAAGUGACCUGAUAAUGUGCUUAAGGGUCCUGUAUAUCCAGGAUAACCUCAGGUACUGGAAGCAAGGAGGCUGGAAUAGAAACAAGAAGAUUCUGUCUAGCUGUAACAUGUAUGCUAACAUGGAUGCAUACAGUAAAUGCCAUGUUAUUGGGAUACAAUUAAUUGGAAUUUUGAAAUUAUGGAUUAGACUAUUAUAAAAGUAACUCAAAGAUUGCAAUUACUAAAACCUUUUUUUUUUUUAAAUGAGGCAUAUUUUCGCCCCAUUCUUGCACUGCUAUAUAUCUUUGUCUUUUGAAGUAUAUCAAUCUUAAUGUUGUGGCUAGUCCAUUAGUCAUUAUUAUUUGUGUGCAUCUUUUGUGGGUCAUUCAUUGACUUGAUUUGUAUAGAUUUAUAUUAGUGGAUGCACAAACUUAUCAUUCUUCUUUUUUUCCCCCCCUCUUAAUAUACAGGUGGAAUUUAUCAGUAAACUGAUACUGACCACAGUAUUGAAUGCAAAACUUUAAGUGAUUUUUCCCAGAUAGAAUGAGUUUUGUAAGUUAUUAAAAUAUUCCUUUAUGGACUUUCCUUUCCUGGGUGAAUGAUAAUAAUGUCGUCUUAAAUCCUUUUUUCUUGACUUGUAGGAUGAUGGUUUUAUACCACUUUGGCUUGACUUUAUAGUAAUGAAACUUUUUCUGUUCUAUUGCAUUAUCUUAUUACUGAAAGUUUUUUUUCCCUUCAUUUCUGAUGGGAUAUAUUUGGAAGUGAUCACAGUCCAACCAAGUUCUUUUGAUGUUAGUAUAUUCAUAUUAAUUCUUUUUUUAUGUUGAUCUUCUCCUAGGGGAAUCUUUUAUUUUCCCUUGAUCUCUUUGGUAUAAGGUGUUUAUUUUUUUAAAUUCUACCUGUUUAUGCUAGCCAGAAUUUUGAUGUGGCUUUGUAUUUUUGUAUUUACAUGCAAUGCUUUCAUUACUUAAGGGAUGUUCAGGUUUUCUCUUACAAUGCCCUUUUUCAGAAAAAGGGAUAAUUUUGUCUCACAAUUCCCUGGUUAUUGUUUAAUGGCAGUAGCAUUUAUGUCUGCUUGCUCACAAACAUUCUUACAUGUAGUUUAUGGUCAGUUCCAUCUUACAAAAUUUUGAAGUCCAUCACCAUGAAUAUAUACUAAAAAGUUCUGGCAUACUGUUUCUUAAAGUCAACCAGUUUUUUCAAGGUGUUAAGGGUUACCAUCAAUGUCAGAUGAUCUAUUGGAUUUUUUCUGAUGCCUUGUUAAGAAUUCAACAGGAAUUCUCAGGUUGUACUUUAUUUUAGGACUUUGGUGGUCUCUCAUGUUGUAUUGGGUUUUUUAAUAUUCCUGAAUCUGUCACUUGGUGUAAAUGAAAACAAAUGCUUUAUAUCUGGUGUUGCUUAAAUUUGCUUUUCAUAAACUUUAAGUGCUUCUAGUGUUAACUGUGUUUAUGAUUUCUAAUCGUGGUCCUUUCCUAAGAUUUUCAUAUGCUGUUUAUUUUCCUAAGCUAUAUCACAUACUUUUUCUUUCAUUGUCUGGAAGAGUGAGUCUGUGACAGCAUUCCGUUUAAAGGGCUACAAUUAGAUCUCUUGUUAAUUCUCUUGAUGUCUAUUUCACAUUAUCUUGAUUUACAAUGUCGUUAUGUGUUAAAUAUUUGUGGCUCCAUUAUAUGCUUUUUAAAUUAGUAAAGUAUCAUUUAGAUGAGGGAGGAAUAUUUUUCCAAGUCAGGAAGCACUGUAUUAGUUUUUCAUUUCUGUUUUUAUGGACAUUUAAUUACAUUAAGCUUCCUGCUGUUAGGUAUGCAGGCUUGGGUAGAAUAUAGUUGAUUAUUUAGAUUCUUAGCACAAAGUUGCAUGCAAAUUGGUCUUUGUUUAAUGAAUUAUAAUAGCUCCUAUUUUACUGUUCACAAAAAUAUUUUGACAGAUCUUGGAAGCACCUUGAUAGCCUUGGGUCUUAUUUUCAUAUUUCUGCUGGGGACGAAAUACUAGAACCUACAUUUAUAUGGCUUAUAUUUAUCAGAUUAUGUGCUGGUAAAUAUGCAAGGCAUUCUUGAGGCAGAAAUUCACUUAUUUUGAAGAUAACGAAGUGUGAAAUAAAAUUUAGCAGCUUGUUUGAGUGGUAGUACUGAACUUUGAAUAUAUGCUUGGUCUUGAUCUUUUAACUCAUUUGGCUGUACUCUUCUUCCCUGGACUUGGUGUUUAUGGCUAGCCUCUCGUCCCUUAGUACUUGAAAUAUUAACUGAUCCUUGCUUAGUUCAGAAGUCAGAUUAAAAAAAAAAAGCAAACCCAACCUCUUAGUUCUUUUUGUAGAGAUUUCACCUUGACAGUGUAAGAUUAUUCUUGAUUUUCUGUUUGAUUUAUUACUUGCAUUCCAUUUUUAGCAGUAAUUUACUUAUCAUGGAUCUUAUGUAUUUUUUCUUUGUUCUUUUUAUGUUUGCUGCACCUGUUUUAGUUAUACGCUUUUUGGGGGCUGGCCUCUUGGAGGAAACUGGCAUAAUGAAAGGAUGCGGCACAUGUUUGAAUUCCAAAGACUUUGAUCUGAGUGUUAGUAAGGAACUUACUCUCAGACCUUCAGUUUCCUUUUUUUAACUUAUUUUUAAUUUAUUUUUUUAUUGGAGGGAGGGCAUACCCCGUGAUGCUUAGGGGUUACUCCUCAUUCUGCACUCAGGAAUCAUUCCUGGUGGUGCUUGUGGGGGGACCAUGUGGGAUGCCAGGGAUAGAACCCCGGAUUGGCCACGUACAAGGCAAGUGCCUGACCCCCUGUACUAUUAUUGCUCUAGCCUGUUUUCCUUUAAAUUAGAUAAUUCCUAGAAACCCAGUGUAGAUUUCUUCCUCUGUAGUAGUGCUGUUUUCUAGCCACUUUGAUAGAUUUCUAAUUUCUUAGAUUACUGUGGGAUGGUAUUGGAUAUAAAUAGAGUUGCAUUUUAGGAUGAAUUUAAUAGCAUGUAAAAAUUCAUUUCACAUUAUCAGCUCAUGUUUAUCAGCUUAUGUUCCUCAUGUUUGUAAUUUUUAAAAGGCUGAACCAUUGAGCUUUUUAUAAGUCCAUUAGUGGACUGUCAUUUAAAGACAUUCGAAGUAUCUCUUUCCUCAAGUUUGAUCUAAAAAAAUGCUCAUAAUAAACCACAAGAAAAAAAUAAAAAAACAGAAUGAAGAUUUAAGGUAUUAGGUAUAUAUGUGAGGUUUUUUUUUGUGUGUGGUAAUUUAUUAUUUUGUGUCUGUUACUUUUCAUUUGUCAUGCAUCUUUUAAAACCUGCAAUAUGGAGACAUGCAUGUAGGCGCUGAGGGAGUUCUGGGGAAACUGGGCGUUAGUGGACUAUUAAGAAGAGAAAGAAAGAACCAGUACAAUGUACAUGUUCUGCUGAGGGGAAUGCCAGGAAUGCAGAUGGUGAAUGGGAGGAUAUAGAAGUGUUGGAGACUAUCAAGUUCUUGAACUGAGGUUUCGAACAGCAUUGGGGAAAGGUUGAGCAAUGGAGAAAUGGGAACCAGGCACUCAAGUGGAGAAAUUUGUGUCUCGGUCAUCAAGUUUCUGGAUUUAGAGUGUAAGAACAGUGUUUAUGAGGACAGAAAGGAGAUUAAGCUGAAGAGGACACAUUUUUGCCCAUGGAAAUGUAUUGGUUUCUGCUUUUUCAUUGCCAUUACUUGUGAAAUGUAGAACUUGUCUCUCUUAAAGGUUGAUUUGUAUCCUAGUUCACUAAGGACAUCUAGAGAAAUUCUUUUUCUUCCCUGAAUUGAACCAAAGGAAGGCUUUCAUCUGUGACCUCUGUCCCCAGCUCAGAUAGUGAAAAGGAAUUGAAGACACGCAGAAUUAUACACUAGAAGUGAAAUGUGACAUCUCACUAUGAGUAUUCAGUUGCCUGCUUCAGGACCAUGCGUAGUUAGUGUAACUAAAGGUGGCUAUUUGUCAUUUACAGAUAAUUUGAGGUUGGACUUGGGAAAUGAAGCUGUUUCUAAGGAUUUUGCUUCAUUGGAGUUUGGAGGUGUUUCGAGGACCUCUUAACCCUGUGCCAGUGGCACCAUCCCGCAGCACCUAAAACCUGUUUUGUUACCACUUCUCUCCUCAUAAUGCACCUGUCAGUAGCACUAAAAGAUAAAACCUUUUGACUCUUUGUUGAAAGUUUUCUUUUCAGAGAUACUUUUUAAAAACUUAAGUUUCAGUGUAUUAUUAUUUGUAUUAUCUCAGUGUAGUUAUUUUUCCUAGGAGGGGAUUUUAUAAAUUGAUUGACAAGUUACCCAUAAAGACAAUACUGAAAUAUCCUUAUUUCACAGGUUUGGUGGUACUAGCCUUCUUAACAGAUUAGAGAACUUUACGGAAAGGAAUAUGUAUGUAUGUUUUUAGAUUUAUUCAUACAAAACAGAUGUUUCGUGUACUUUGUAUUUGUAAACAAUAACCAGUUGGGGUGGGAAGAAGAUUGCUUUGUAUAAAAGAGUUGUUUUCCUGGUUCCAACACUUUGCUGCUGGAGUUGGUAAAUAAAUAUUGUAUUGCUAUGCUGUGUUUAUUUCUUCUGCUUUAUCUGUUUGAAUAUAAAAUUCUUGAGAAAAA